CGGAAGGGGGGGGGGGAAACAUUCCUUCAGAAGAAAACACAUAGAGAACUAUACUCAGAUACUCUGUUUUCACUCCCUCAUGGGCUUCUUAAAAAACCCAUAAAACAUUUUCUUUUUUCACUUGAAUCAAACCCUUAUGGAAGACUCUGUAGGCAAAGAGCAUGCCAAAAGAAGAAGAAGGAGACGAGCAGCGGCCUUCACCAUGUUCUUGUGGGGAAUCUUGAUCUUUGCUCAGUUUGAUUUGUCUUCAUCAGCUCUUUCUCCUGAUCAGUAUUAUCACCAACCGUACCCUUCACCGAGGAAGGUUGGUCCUCUCCACAGAACAGCCUCGUUUCAGUCCCCCAGAGCCUCUGUGUCAUUCGCAGGUCCACAUCAAGAAGAAGAAGACAGAGAUGAUGUUUAUAAAGACGACAAGAGAUUUGUUCACACAGGUCCAAAUCCUCUACAUAACUGAAAAUGCGAUUAUUAAGACGUGUCUGGUUUCUCUUCACAUUAUGCAAUCUCUACUUCGAAAUCAUUGUUGGUCACUACGAGAUAUAGAUCAUUAUUGCUAGCCUUCUAUACUGUUAGACUAAGCGUUAAUGAUCUUGUUUCUGUUUGUUGCAUCGACCAUCGAAAUCCAAGAAUUAUUUAAAACAAAUUUUG